GAUUGCAUGGACCAAGUUUUGGGGCUAUACGGGGGUCGACUAGUUGGGCCUUCUUCAAGCCGAUUGUUCAAGAUUUCUUGGUGUUUCGAGAGGAGUUCGACCAAUCUCCCUCUCGUUUUCCCCCACAGAAAACUAAUAUACUGUAAAGUCAAAAACCUUUUUCAGGUUUCUACAGAUACCACACCCAAACCAGCUUACCUGAGACACAUGUUUCUCGUCCCGAGCAAGAAAGUUGUUCCAAAUUUGGCUCACAAGAACAUUCCUAUUGACUAAUCUAAAGGCACCAGAGACCAUCUAAUUGUAGGUUAAACUUUAAGAGAUUUGUAUUCAUAUCUCUCUCUCUCUCUCUCUCUCUCUCUCUCUCUCUGUCCCGUAAGCAAACUAAUACAGCGAUCAUGAAUAGAGGAGAAACCUCAGAUUCCAUCCCAACUGAUCUCAUUCUCGACAUACUCUCGAGAUUGCCUUCAAAGUCCAUCGCGAGGUUUCGCUGCGUUUCGAAGCUAUGGUCGUCCAUGCUUGCCAGUCAAGCUUUCACCAGGUUGUUCGUUACCAGGUCCUCAUCUAAUCCACGUCUCUUAAUUGGGGUCGAACAAGACGGUGAGUGGAGAUUCUACUCGUCGCCUCAGCCUAAGAAUCCAUAUGACAAGUCAUCUCUUGUAGUAGCCGCCGAUUUUCAUAUGAAGUUUUCUGAAGGAACCCGAUCUUACGGUUGUAGCUAUGCUUUUGGUUUGAUCUAUUUUCGUACUAUGUGGAUCUCAAAGGAGGGUAACGAUCAAGUGGGUGUGAUAUGUAACCCUAGCACAGGACAAUAUGCGAUCCUACCACCUGAACCGUCCAGAAGCUGCCGUGGCAUUUUAGGGUUUGAUCCGAUAUGCAAGCAAUUCAAGGUUUUGGUCUUAAACAAUCCUGACAUUCAGCAUAUUCUGACAUUAGGAACUAAAAAUGUGAGGUGGAGGAGUAUGCAACGUUCCUUAAGGUAUGUUCCUCGUGAGCAAAGGCCGAUAUGCAUUAAUGGGGUUUUGUAUUACAUAGCUUACGACUUGCAGGACAGCUCGUAUGAUGUGAUAGGUUGCUUUCAUGUUAGGUUUGAGAAAUUCAAGUUUUUACAUGUAAAUUAUGAUAUGAUAGACUCUUUUUGUGUAUUAGUAAACUAUAAGGGCAAAUUAGGUGGGAUUUAUUGGGAGUAUGCUGAUGAUGGUGGAUUUCCUCUUGAGUUAUCUAUGUGGGUUCUAGAGGAUCUUGAGAAAAAUGAAUGGUCGGAAUAUGCCUACACUUUGAAGGCUGAUAAUAGCGUCGUUAAGGUUAACUACAAUCUUUCUGUUGUUGGGGUGACUGCUAGAGGUGAAAUUGUUUUGGCCAAGCAGUAUGCAUGUAAACCGUUUUAUGUUUUCUACUUUAAUCCCGAAAGGAACACUCUCCUAAGUGUUGAAAUCCAAGGUGUUGGAGAAGACCAUAGAGUCUGCGUCUUUGUUGACCAUGUGGAGGAUCUUCAUCAGUUUGAUAAUAUGAAGACAUCUAUAAGCCUACCACAACAGAAGCUUAAACCCACAAGCACAUCAACAUCAACAUCAUCUAAAAACAAUCAUCAAGUGAUGACGUCGAUAUUAUCUAGAAAAUAUCAUCAAGCGAGGACAUCAACAUCAUCUAGAAAAAAUCAUCAACUGAGGACUGUUUCUCACCCGCAACAAGAUCGGUGUACAAGUAACAAAUUUAGUGCUCUGUGUCUUUUAGAUGAUGAUGAAUUUUCAGGUGUCUAAACCUGAUUGCUUCCCUUGCUCCUAUGCAACUCUGCUCCAACUAUGAAGAACAAGCAACCGACAGUUCGUAUGCAGAACAAAUAUGAAUUAUUUGCUAGCCUAGAGUGAGGACAUGUGUCGAUUUGUUGUUGGCUAAUCUGAUCUUGGAAGCCAACUUAAAUUCAUGUAUAAAAUACUAGCUACUCUGGCUGGGCCUGGGAGUGUGACUUCUCAUAUACAGGUUUUGUGUGGGUUUUUACUUUUUAUCAUAUGGUUGCUUAGCAUUUUGUUCUUUCUGG